AGGAGGAGGAGGAGGAGGAUGGUCCUGCUGUCAAACACAGAUGAGAACACAGCAGCAGCGGCGGCAGCAGCAGGUUUCAGGAGGGCACCGCUGUUAGAUAAUCGCAUUUGCUCUCCCCUCGGGAAGCGGCGGGGACGGAUGGAGGCGCAGCGCCGAGCCGAGGACACCGUCGAGAAAUCCUGCUGAUUCAAUCCCGUCCAACUCCCCGAAGCUGCCGGGGAGGCGACGCGUGCAGACCGGCGCUGCUGCACAGACACACGCCGACCCUGCAAACUUCGGAGUGGAUUUACAAAACUGUGUUCAUCCUCUGCCUCCUGCCGCUCGUCAGCUUAAUAAUAACAACAGCAAUUAUGCAAUUAUGGCUUAAUUAGUGAUCUUCAUUAUAGCAACAGAGGAGAAAAUGCUCGAGACAAAUAGCGGAGUGAGACAGCCCACCUGCGCCUUUUAAGCUUCUCUGUGGAUCCUUCUUCUAACCUCCUGUCAACUGGACGCACAAAUACCUCUUCCAUCCCGUCACACAUUCUGAAGCCAGCAUGCCCAUCAUCAGCAAUGCCAACCACGACUUCAGCACCUACUCCAUCAGCAGUGACGACAGCAGCCUCGACCGCUUCUUCACCGAGAUCCCGGAGACAGAGACCAUCAAGGGCGUUUACUUCCAGCGCGCUCAGCUGCUUCGUGACCCCAAGGCCUCGUAUGUGGUUGACCACACCCUGCAGGUUCUCAUCAACGUGGGGGGCAACCGCUACACCUUCCCCUGGAGCACCUUGGAGCAGUUCCCCCAGAGUCGUCUGGGACGUCUGCGCUUCUGCACCACCCCCGAGGAGAUAGCACGACUCUGCGACGACUACGACGAGACGUGCCAGGAGUACUUCUUUGACCGAAAUCCGACAGCCUUCAGGGUCAUCCUCAACUUCCUGGCUGCAGGCAAACUGCGUCUGCUUCGGGAACUGUGUGCCGUGUCGCUGCAUGAUGAGCUGGACUACUGGGGCGUGGACCCGGGUCAUAUGGAGCGCUGUUGCCGUCGCCGCAUGAUCACACGUGUAGAGGAGGUGGCCGAGCGAGAGCGCAAGGAAGAGGAGUGGAGGCAGAAGAGGGUGAUGCUGAAGAAAAGCAUCACACAGGCUAAAAAGGGCUACAGCAGACUGACAUGGAUGCUGCGAGAAGUGGUGGAAAACCCUCAGUCGGGGUUGGCCGGGAAGAUGUUCGCCUGCCUCUCUGUCGUCAUGGUGCUGGUCACCGUCAUCAGCCUGUGCAUCAGCACCAUGCCAGACCUACGCGAUGAAGAGACCAGGGGCGAGUGCUCCCAGAAGUGUCGCAGCAUGUUUGUGGUGGAGUCCAUCUGUGUGGCGUGGUUCACCUUGGAGUUUGCGCUGCGAUUUGUCAACGCUCAGAGCAAGCUGGCCUUCGCUCGCGGCCCCCUCAACAUCAUCGACGCCAUCGCCAUCCUGCCGUACUACGUGUCCCUGGUCGUCGAUGUCAGAGACGAGUCACAGGACGAUGUCAUCAUAGGCGCCGGCAGAGGCUAUCUGGACAAACUGAGUCUGAUCCUGCGCCUGCUGCGGGCCCUGCGGAUCCUGUACGUGAUGCGGCUGGCUCGCCACUCUCUGGGCCUGCAGACUUUAGGACUGACCAUGCAGCGCAGCAUGAGGGAGUUCGGCCUGCUGCUGCUGUUCGUCUGCGUGGCCGUGACCCUCUUCUCACCUCUGGUCCAUCUAGCAGAGAGCGAACUGGCGCCGUUCGCCGCCACGCACCCCCAACACAGCUUCAGCAGCAUCCCGGCCUCCUACUGGUGGGCCAUCAUCUCUAUGACCACGGUGGGCUACGGCGACAUGGUGCCGCGCAGCAUCCCCGGACAGAUAGUCGCACUGACCAGUAUCCUGAGUGGCAUCCUCAUCAUGGCGUUCCCCGCCACGUCCAUCUUCCACACCUUCUCCCGCUCGUAUCAGGAGCUCAAGCAGGAGUACGAGCGUCUGUGGAAGGAGGAGAGAGGCGAGGAAAUAGCCGCCGAGUCAGAGGAGAGUUGGUCCAAAGCCGAUUUGUCACCAGACGAGCUCACGUCUGUGUCCAAGGAAGAUAAAGACGGGCGGAUGUCAAGCAGGAGUCAUCAAUCAACACUUCCAACUACAGCUUUCUAAUGGACCAGGAAGAGAGCAACACUUUAAUUCAGUUAUUACAUGUUAAAAAUGGUGAACUUGACAACAUACUCUAACCUAUAUAAGCACAUUUAGACUCUAAAGGACUGUUAUAUUGUGGGCAGUGUAUUACACUUUAAGUGAUUGUCUAUCCAUGUUCUGGAUUCACGCUUUAAUAGCUUUCAACAAACUAUCUAGUACUUAUCAGGUUAUACUAAGCUUUUUUUUCAUAUCAGCAAAUACGUUACAUACAGCAAGACAUACUAAACCUUUAAAGAAAAUAUGAACUAUAAUCUUACUGCAGCUAUUGUGCACAUUUUUCUAUUUUCAAAAUUAGAAUAAAUACAUGAUAUAUAAAGCUUAUAUGUGCAAUAUAUAAAUAUUGCACAGAUAUAUUGAUGUUUCCCAGCGUCGGCAGGAGACACUCUCAUGCUGUAUAGCCUUCUGAUGUUGAUGCAAAGCUUUUUCAACAAGUUCACGCGUUUUUACGUUUUAAAGUACACGUUUUCAUACUUCUGUCCCUUUACAACAUCCAACAUUUGGAGUAUCGUGUUGUUACGUUUGUGUUCCAUUCAGAAAGAGAAAGCUUGUUAGCCUAGCUUGCUAACGUUAGCACUGAUUGCGUCACGUUAGUUUUCAUUUAUGUGUUUGUUCUGCUUUACAGAAAAGGAGGGGUUCUAGCUAGCGUUAGCCGUCUCUCUUUCAUGGGUCCAGUUGCAGUGACGCUAAAUAACCAGACUGUUAAAACUCACAGCAACAAGCGCUCCUGUAACCUCAGCACUUCGUACGUAAUUACUCUGUGAUUCGUACUAACGUAAGGAGUGCUCCAAUCACAGACGGGGCUAAGCAACAGGUGACCCAGCGGGGGAACUACCUGUUGUAAGUGCAGUAAUAAGCUAUUUUUAGUUCCGGCCAACACAGAUAUUACACCAAUCAAUAACAUCGUCAGUAGUCAGUCAUCGUCGGUAUCACACAUUAAUGUAAUGUUACUACAGAUGAAUAAAUAAACGUCUAAUUUCUUCUUUGUAUCAAGUACAGUAAAGUCCAAACACACACCAAGGAGAUAUACAGUAUAUUGAUAUCUUUGCAAAAUCUAAUUUUAAUUUCAUUUCCACUUUAAAAGACAAACCAAUUAAUUAGAACAUUUUUUUUUUUACAGCACACAAACUAGAUUUUAAUGUAGUUUAGGGAUAAAAUGAGGUAGAUAAAUACAAAGAAGUCAGCAGAAAGGCAACAGCAGAGAAAGGAAUUGGCUAAUAACAACGACUAAUACAAGCACAGACGAGAGGCAACAACAUUCACUUUAUCUUGUUCAUAACUUCAUUGUUUGCUUAUUGUUCGUCCUGUGAUUUUUUUCGCGUCACCAACUCUCAAAUUUUGGAUGUUGGAGUGUCCUUAAAUGCACCAUGAAGGAGAGCUUUAACUUGCAGCUGCAUAGUCAAGAGACAAUGAUUUCAACACAAACACACAAAGUGACUAAAUCUUCACUGUGAUAGAUCACACAGCACAUGUGUCAUGUUUGUGCAAGUUUUUCUGUGGAAAUCAAUGGCUGCCUGGACGGUAAGACAGCCAUUUAUGGGCAGCAGUGUUUAAGGCUCGUGUAUUUAACGGCCCUUUAAUGUGCAGAUUAAUUUCAUCCUCCACGCGAACAUCUUGUAGCUCCUCUAGUGUCGCUGUUUAUCUUAAUUCCAGGCAUUUUUUAAAUAAAAUAAACCCUUUCACGCU